UGGAUGAAAAGAACAAUUCGGGUCAGCCAGCAAAAACCCAGUGGCGCCCAAAUCAUUGCACCAAGACAAAAUGUUGAUAUUUCAACUGACUUCAAAAACUCACUGACAGAUACAAAACCAGGAGUCCCUGUAACUCAAACCAACACUGUCGCCGCCAACAACACCACACUGAAAUCAUCAUUUAUGCACUGUUAUGGCCACAUUGGUGGAGUUAGCAGGUGCUCGAAUAGCUUGGCCUUGAGCUUUCACCACCACCACUACUAGUUCAAGCAUGUACUAUAGCCACUACUGGCAAUACAACCUGCCUCGGAGCUGGCAACACUAGGAACGAUGGGCAUUUUCCGGUAAGAAAGAUAGCAGUGAAGCACUCUUCACCCAUCAUACUUCGAUUGUGUUCAACCAUAUCUUCCACCAUAAAGACGCAUGAAGAUGAUAUAUUUUUUGUUCACAUGCAUGGGUUCAACACCUUGGAGUGGAGUAUAAGCAUCCUCAACGCCACUGACCUCCAUCACAUACACAUUCUCUCCUUGAGUGGACUUUUACCACACCACCACCACCGCAGAAACCAGUUCUCCACCAACCUAGUUUCUUCACCCUGAUAUAGCACCAAUCACCCAGCCAUUUUCCAUGUCCCAAAUGAGAAAUACGGUCCAUUUUGUUACAUUUUCCCUGUUCUUCUUCUACCUAACCCUGACCAAAAUAUUGAUGGUUACUUCCCUCUCACCUGAUGGACAGGCCCUUCUCUCCCUCCUUUCUGCUGCUGACCCUUCUGCCAAAUCUUCCUCCUCCAUUCUUUCCACAUGGAACCCAUCAAGCCCAACCCCAUGUACCUGGCAAGGCAUCACAUGCUCCCCACAAAACAGAGUCAUCUCCCUCUCUCUGCCCAACACAUUCCUCAAUCUUUCCUCUCUACCCCAACAGCUCUCCUUCCUAUCAUCUCUACAGCUUCUCAACCUCUCCUCCACCAAUGUCUCCGGCACCAUACCCCCCUCCUUUGGCCAACUCACUCAUCUUCGCCUCUUUGACCUCUCAUCCAAUUCUCUCUCGGGUCCCAUUCCUCCAGAACUCGGCACUCUCUCUCUCCUACAGUUCCUUUUCUUGAACUCCAACAGACUGUCUGGUAGGAUACCUCAACAACUUGCUAACCUUACCUCGCUUGAAGUUCUUUGUCUCCAAGACAAUCUCCUGAAUGGGUCAAUACCAUCACAACUAGGCUCUUUGAUUUCUCUCCAACAGUUUCGAGUAGGGGGUAACCCGUAUCUAACUGGAGUGAUUCCUAUUCAAUUAGGACUACUCACCAAUCUCACUACAUUUGGUGCCGCGGCCACUGGUCUUUCCGGUGUGAUACCGCCUACAUUUGGGAACUUGAUCAAUCUGCAAACGCUGGCACUUUACGAUACUGAUGUAUUUGGUUCUAUACCAUCUGAAAUUGGGCUGUGUUCGGAACUAAGGAACUUGUAUUUGCACAUGAACAAGCUCACUGGUUCAAUCCCUCCUCAACUGGGUAAGUUGCAAAAGCUCACUAGCUUGCUUCUUUGGGGCAAUGCACUAACUGGACCAAUCCCAGCCGCGCUUUCCAAUUGUUCAUCGCUUGUGAUAUUUGAUGCCUCUGCCAAUGAGCUUUCUGGAGAAAUCCCCGGUGACUUGGGGAAACUAAUGGUUCUUGAACAGCUUCAUCUGUCAGACAAUGCACUGACUGGAAAAAUUCCAUCGCGGUUAUGCAAUUGCACAAGCCUCACAGCUAUUCAGCUCGAUAAGAAUCAGCUAUCAGGGGACAUUCCAUUGCAGGUUGGUAACUUAAAAUUCUUGCAAAGUUUUUUCUUGUGGGGAAAUUUGGUGACGGGAACCGUACCAUACUCAUUUGGGAACUGCACAGAACUCUAUGCGCUUGACCUUUCGAGGAACAAGCUUACAGGGUCUAUCCCAGAAGAGAUUUUCAGUUUGAAGAAGCUGAGCAAGCUUCUACUUCUAGGGAACUCUUUAUCAGGAGGGUUGCCUCGAAGUGUUGCCAAUUGUACGUCUUUAGUGAGGUUGAGGCUUGGGGAGAACCAGCUUUCAGGUCAGAUUCCUAGGGAGAUAGGACAACUGCAAAAUCUUGUCUUUCUUGACUUGUUCAUGAACCAAUUCUCUGGUGUCCUUCCGAUUGAGAUUGCUAACAUUAUGGUUCUUGAGCUGUUUGAUGUGCACAAUAACCACAUUACUGGGGAAAUCCCAUCUCAGCUUGGUGAGCUUGUGAAUUUAGAGUUGCUUGAUCUCAGCAGAAACAGCUUCACGGGAGAAAUUCCUUGGAGCUUUGGUAACUUCAGUUACUUGAACAAGCUAAUUCUCAGCAAUAAUCUCCUGACAGGUUCAAUUCCGACGUCCAUAAGGAACUUGCAGAAACUAACUUUACUUGAUUUGAGCUACAACAGCCUUUCUGGUGCAAUUCCACCUGAAAUUGGUUAUGUAAAAAGCUUGACAAUCAGUUUGGACUUGAGCUCCAAUGGUUUGACAGGGGAAAUACCUGAGACAAUGGCCAGUUUGACACAGUUACAAUCACUUGAUCUUUCCCAUAAUAUGCUUUAUGGGAAAAUAAAGGUUUUGGGCUCCUUAACUAGUCUAACCUCCCUUAACAUUUCCUACAACAAUUUCUCUGGUACUAUCCCGGUGACACCAUUCUUCAGAACCCUAUCUUUGAACUCAUACCUUGAGAACCCAAAACUUUGUGAGUCCAUCGAUGGGUCUACGUGUUCUAAAAGUCUGAUCAGGAGAAAUGGAUUAAAAUCUUCCAAGACUGUGGCUUUGAUUUCCGUUAUUCUUGCUUCAGUAACCAUUCUAGUUCUUGCAUCCUGGAUUCUAGUAAUGCGUAAUCACAAGUAUAUGGUGGAAAAAUCUUCAGGAACAUCCCCUUCUUCAUCAGGGGCUGAAGAUUUCUCUUAUCCAUGGACUUUCAUCCCGUUUCAAAAGCUCAACUUCAGCAUUGAUAACAUCCUCGACUGCCUGAAAGAUGAAAAUGUUAUUGGAAAAGGUUGUUCUGGGGUUGUCUAUAGGGCGGAAAUGCCCAGUGGUGAGUUGAUUGCUGUAAAAAAGCUCUGGAAAAGUAAAAAGGAUGAAGAACCAGUGGACUCUUUUGCUGCAGAAAUUCAAAUUCUUGGACACAUUCGGCAUAGGAACAUUGUGAAGCUGCUAGGUUACUGUUCUAAUAGGAGCGUCAAGCUACUUCUCUACAACUACAUUUCAAAUGGUAACUUACAGCAGCUGUUACAGGGGAAUAGAAACUUGGAUUGGGAAACUAGGUACAAGAUUGCAGUUGGGUCAGCUCAGGGUCUUGCUUAUCUUCAUCAUGAUUGUGUGCCAGCAAUUCUUCACAGAGAUGUUAAGUGCAAUAAUAUACUUCUAGAUUCCAAGUUUCAAGCUUAUCUGGCAGAUUUUGGCCUCGCGAAAUUGAUGAACUCUCCAAAUUACAAUCAUGCAAUGUCAAGAGUAGCUGGGUCUUAUGGUUAUAUUGCCCCAGAAUAUGGAUACACCAUGAACAUAACAGAGAAGAGUGAUGUCUACAGCUAUGGUGUGGUGCUGCUGGAAAUUUUAAGUGGACGUAGUGCAGUUGAGAGCCGAUUGGGUGAUGGACUCCAUAUUGUUGAGUGGGUGAAAAAGAAGAUGGGAAGCUUUGAGCCAGCCAUAUCGGUACUAGAUACAAAGCUGCAUGGCUUACCAGAUCAAAUGGUGCAAGAGAUGCUUCAAACACUUGGAAUUGCAAUGUUUUGUGUAAACUCUUCACCAGCAGAACGGCCAACCAUGAAGGAAGUGGUGGCACUAUUAAUGGAGGUGAAGAGCCCACCUGAGGAAUGGGGAAAGACUUCUCAACCUCUAAUAAAGCAGUCCUCAAAUCAAAGUUGAUUUUUCCUCUUUUUUUGGUUCAAUUCCGUCCAAGGGUAUCAAUGAUUGAAUCUCUUUCGUAUCCCAAGAAAAGAAAAAAUGAGUGAUGUUAUUGUGCGAAAUGAGGAGGCAGCAUGGGUUAGUGAUGUUUGGGGUCUAUUCUAUUGAGUUUGGAUGGUCUUGGGAUUGUACAGUUCAGCAAACAUGAAGGUGGUUUAUUUUGUUUCAUGUCACACAUCCUGUUCUCUUAAAAUCUUCAUAAUCAGUCUCUAAUGUGCAAUUUUCCUGGCAUUUCUAUAUGCCUAUCCCACCAACUUGAUCUUAACUGCUAAG